UUGAGAUCUUUUACUGAGAUAGAGUAAUUUGAGCUCCUAAUUGAUAGGGACUAGGGAGCACUGGAGCAGUGAAAUUUUAUCCUGUCACAGGCGGGGUAGUUAACGGGAAGCCAUAGCAAAUCCGACCCGGUUUAGAGCCCAGUGGAAAACUUAACCCGGUCAAACAGUACAAGGAUCAUGACGAGGACUGGAAUCCAUUCCAUUUGCAUUUUGCAGGCCUUCACUGUUUCACAAGAAUCACAACCAACCAAGGUUGUCAACCCCCGGUCGUCCCGCGGGUCGACUUACUUUGAUCCGGCUGUGAGAAAAACGGGUUGCACGCAACUGUCGGGUCGAUCACUAAAAGGGUUAAACCGGGCUAAAACGGGUGACUCAUUAACCCUUGAUCCACUAGCUCAACCGGGUCCGGGUCAACCCGCGUUGCAACCAACCCACACAUCUUUAUCGCUUUAGUGACUG